AUGGCCAACAGUGAGAUCAAUUUCUUCAAGGGACACCCGAGUUCGAGGCUGCUGCCUCGAGAGGCGGUGAUCGAGGCUACUGCGGCUGUGCUGGGCCCUCAGACUAGGGAGUACGAUAACGACCCCUGCAAUAGGCAUCCGCUCACGUACGGUUCCGACGAGGGCGCCCUGUGGGUGCGGGAGCAGAUCUGUAGGUUUCUCAAUGAGCAGGUGUUCAAGUUCAAAGAUGGGGCCCGGACUAGGACACUGGCGCAGCAUUUGAAUCUGGACAGCGGCGCCUCGUACGGGAUGCUGAACAUCCUUCUGCAGACGACCCUGCCACACAACGGGUACACCAGACAGGCGUUCAUCAUCACGCCGACGUAUUUCUUGAUCAAUGACUGCUUCACGGAUGCCGGGUUCAAGGGCAAGAUAACCGCUAUCAACGAGAGGGGCCACGACUCGAUUGACUUUGAGUCGUUGAUCGCCGCACUGGACCGCCACGAGGCGGAACCGCAGCCCAGAGGCACCACGGAGAUCAUUCAGGGCUCGAAGCUGAGCAAGAAAAUCUUCAAGUACGUCAUGUACUGCAUUCCGACGUUUGCGAACCCGUCGGGCAAUACGUACUCGCUCGAGACCCGACGCAGGCUCAUUGACAUCGCCCGCCAGUACGACAUGCUGGUCAUCACCGAUGACGUGUACGACAUUCUGGACUACACCACCCCUGCCGAUGAGCUGCCCUCUCCACCCUUGAGAAUGGUGCACAUAGAUAGAAGCACAGCGGCCUCGAGCGAGGACUCGUUUGGCAACACGGUCUCCAACGCGACGUUCUCCAAGCUGAUCGCCCCCGGGCUCAGGUUUGGAUACCACGAAUCCAUCAAUGCGAACCUCGCCAGACAGCUCUCCAAGGGGGGUGCGAACGUAUCUGGCGGAACGCCCUCGCAGUUGAACUCAAUGAUCGUGGGCGAGUUGCUGCGUAGCGGUGCCGCCCAGAGGUGCAUUGCACAUUUGAGGGCCGUGUACUCUGAAAGAGCCGCUGUCCUGACCGCAGCCCUCAAGAAGUGCAUGCCGCCGGGAACGGAGAUGCCGCCAUUGAGGGGUGGCUAUUUUGUCUGGAUCACCUUGCCGCCAGCGUACAACGCCAUGGAGAUAUCGACCGUUCUUGCCAAGAAGUAUAAUGUCAUCCUGGCCAACGGUUCGAAUUUCGAAGUCCUGGGCGACGAGAAAAACUGGGGCCGGUCGUCCUUCAGACUAUCCAUCAGCUUCCUCGAGACCCAUCAGAUUGAAAGGGGCAUUGAGCUGUUUGGCGCCGCCUGCAAAUCCCAUGCGAUCGCUAAUAACAUAGUUAUAUAG